CUCAGAUCAGUGUGGGUCGUUACCAUAGCACUGCCUGACUCAGUUCGGGCUCUUAUAGGUGGGCGUUCUUCUCCACUUUCAAAAUCACGGCAAUGAAGAACAAUGAAUGCAGUUUCUUACGUCGCCUAACAUCUGUAAGGAAUGACGCGCAGACGAUGACCUUUACGCGACGAUACAAGAAGACACGGAGCGUCACCUGCGCGGCUGAUGCGAGUCCGAUGCGUAAAAGCGCACAAUGACAACAAAUUGCGCGCUCUGCGGUUCCGCCGCGCUUAAUCUGAAUCUGGAAAUGUGAAGGGCUCUGGAUUAGGAUCUUGUCGGGGGAUGCGAAUCGCCCUCCUUUGUUCCCGCAGAUGAGGGUCUGACGUGUUCCCGGGGGAUUUUCAGUCGCGGUUCAAACCCUGAUACGCUGGCGAGUCGGUCACACACACACACACACACACACUUACACACACAUUCACUCAAUGCUGCUAUGACUUCCUGCAUGCGUCCAUACUGUGAUCUGAUUGCUCUUCGCAUGCUGCUGCUCAUCUCGCUGCUGCUCCUGCUCGUGAGGUCCGAUUCGGCAGAUAACCGUUGCCUGUCUGCCCUGGCCUCCACAUGUGAAGACUGUCUGAGACGCGGCCCUGAAUGCGCAUGGUGCUCUCAGGAGAGGUUUCUGGAUGGGGCGUACGUAAGUCAGCGAUGUGGAACUGUGUCCGACCUGCGAGUCAGAGGUUGUGAAGAGGAGUUUAUCGAGAACCCAAAUGUGAAAGUGGAAGUGAAUGCCACUGUCAGCAGUUCACAGGUGGCACCGAGGGAGAUUUCCAUCCACCUACGACCAGGCAGCGAGGCGAGCUUUGUGAUUGAGGUGCAGCAGUUGGAACGGUACCCUGUGGAUCUGUACUAUCUAGUGGACGUCUCGGCGUCCAUGCAGGACAACCUGGACCGGCUGAAGACUGUGGGUCUGGCUCUGUCUCACCAGAUGAAGGAACACUCAAGCGACUUCAGAGUCGGCUUCGGGUCUUUUGUGGAUAAACCGGUGUCUCCGUACAUCGACGUGCACCCCUCCAAACUUGUGAACCCUUGCAGUGAUUAUGAGGUCCACUGCAGGCCCGCUCACGGAUUCAUCCACGUCCUCCCCGUCACAGAGAAUAUGACAGAGUUCACACGGGUCAUUCAGGAGCAGAGGAUCUCUGGGAACAUGGACACACCUGAGGGCGGCUUUGAUGCCAUGCUGCAGGCCACCGUUUGCCAGAAAGACAUCGGAUGGCGACCAGAAGCGAAGCAUCUGCUGUUGGUUAUGACAGACCAACCUUCUCAUCUGACUUUGGACAGUAAACUGGCCGGUAUCGUGGUUCCUCAUGACGGCCGCUGCCACCUAGAGGAUAAUAUCUACUCUCAGACUACUAAUAUGGAGCACCCAACAAUCGGUCAACUGGCAGAGAAGCUUCUAGAGAACAACGUUUACUCCAUCUUUGCGGUGGACCAGGUGCAAUAUCAGUGGUAUGAGGAUCUACUGGACCUGAUUCCUGGAAGUUAUGUGGGCCGACUGUUUCCUAAAGCAUCUAAUCUUAAAGAUUUAGUAGUUCAUGCCUACAAGAAGCUCCUGUCAGAUGUGGAAGUGCAGAUUGAUGUGGAGGAUGGCCAAGCUCACCGGUUCUGGGUGAACGUGACAACCUUUUGCCCCGAUGGAUCCUCUGUUUCUGGAAACACUAAAUGUUCCAGCGUUCAGCCUAAACAAACAGUUUUCUUCAAAAUCACGGUCGGGAUGAGCUCCUGCCCGGCGGCGGGUGAAGAUCAGGAGGUUCUGAUGUCCGUGAGGCCUGUAGGAUUCAACGAGUCUGUUACCGUACGGAUCCGUCAGGUCUGCGGGUGUGGCUGCACUGAGAGGGGCCGUUGUCAUGACGACCUGAAUCCCUGUUCCACAGAGACCGGCGCCGGCUCGACGGACAGCUGUAGACAGGACAGAACCAAACCUGUCUGCAGCGGAAGAGGAACUUGUAAAUGUGGGACGUGUGUGUGUGAUGCUAGCAGAUUGGGGAAUAUCUACGGAAAGUUCUGUGAGAUGGACGACUUCUCAUGUCCAUACGAGAGAGGCCUGGUGUGUGGAGGGCACGGACGGUGUGUUUCAGGUGAAUGUGUCUGUCUUCCCGGCUGGACGGGUGAGACCUGCAGCUGUCCCGUCUCCACAGAGACCUGCGUGUCAAACGAUGGGUUGAUCUGCAGCGGCCAGGGAAAGUGUGUGUGUGGCAAGUGUGUAUGUGACGACCCGCAGCGAUCUGGAACGUUCUGUGAGAAGUGCCCCAUCUGCUACAGCUCCUGUCAGUCUCACUGGAGCUGUGUGAACUGUCACCUGUCUAAUGGACUUGGAUCAGACGGUUUCCAGCUUUGUAAUCACAGCUGCGCUCCAUCGGUGGACUAUGUGGACGACAUCACAGAGCUGGUCCGGGGGAAAUACUGCUUGUAUCCCAGUAGUGAUAAGUGUCAGUACCGCUUUCUCAUGGACUUGGCAUCAGAUCGACCUCAGCUGCACAUUAGUCGACAUCCUGUGUGUGUUUGGAGUCGCCGGUACUUAAAGACCUUCCUCAGCGCCUUCCUACUGACCGUCACGCUGGGAAUCGCCAUGCUGGCCGCGGUCCGACAGCUUCUGAGAGCCAGAAACUGCUGGUGGCAGUCAAACCCUGAACAACCGUUUGAUGACAGCCAUAAGGAUUCAUCAUUUGUCCCCACGACCAAUGAGAAGACGAUAACAUACAGGAGGGACCGUCUGCCCAACCACCCCGUGGAGAUGCACUCAUACAUGCCCAAAAUGCCCCUGAGCGGCACCUGGCAGUGACGAGGGUCAAAGGUCGCUCUAGAAAUGAAGCACUACCUGAAGGAAAACACAAUCUUUCUCUUUAAGCACUUACUUCACAAGAGCAAUAUCCCGUGUGGGUUUUCCGAGGGUGUUUCCUUUUCAUUCCGUUUCUAAUUUAUUAUGUUGAAUGGCAUUAACUUUCUCUCAUCCUGAAGCCACGAAGGAUGAAGAUGUACAGAAAAAGUGAUGGUACGUAAAAAUGCCUGAUGUGGUUUAGACGCGUUCACCUCAAUAGACUCGGCCAGUUAUCUGUGGAGUUCUCCGGUCUGUUCAAGAUCGUCUCUCUGGUUUUUCAGUUACUGUUUGUUUGAUUGUGUCUGUAAAUGGAUGUGAGAGUGUGUUUGUGAUAUUUUUACUUGUUUUAUUCUGGUUGUCAUUACACUACAGACUCUGGCUGUUCAGAAUUAGCAUACUGUCAUACUGCUUCUACUAUUUCUGCAGUACGCAUGCAGAAAAUACACAUUUCCAGUAUGAUGAAGGACCUGCAUUUGACGUCUCUUUCUUGAAGCACUAUUUGGACUUAAUAAUUAUUGGACUACAAAAAGUCCUUUUACACUAAAUUAAAAAUGCAACAUUAUUUAUCUUCUGAAAUUAUAUGCAUUAUAUACUGUGUAGCAUGCAGUAAACUGCCUGCAAAGUGGUGAGGUCAUGUGACCCUAAUGUAGCAUACUGUUUGAAUGUUUUUUUGCAUGCUGCAUGUUUAACAUGCUGUUUUUAAAAUGCAAUUUUCACAGUAUGCUUUAAGCAGUAUGCCAGUAUCAGUUCUAAACAUAGUGGCUGCAUCUGAAAUCUCAUACUAUAUAUAUGGUAGGAUGAAAAACAUGACAAGAAUACGGGCCUGUCCAAAUAUCCAAACUUGUGGUCUUGGCCACUUGAGAGCACGUGCAUGUAAGUGUGCAAGCUGUCCCAGGUCUGAAAAAUGCCAAAGCGCAGUACACAACGCACACUAAACCCACACCAUCCCUAAGGCCCUGUUUACACCUGGUAUUAAAAUGCGUUUUGGUCGAUCGGAUCACAAGUGGACGACACUAAGUGGACGGCUGAAGACCCAAGUUUUGGUUUGAAGAUGAAAAAUGUACCCAGCACAAUGUUCUCUCUCCAUUCCUGAUUUCUAGCACUCGUUCACAGCGGUCUUGCAGCUGUCAGAGCAGAAACGAAAGCUGUUGCUCUCUAUGUUUUUCCAUUGUCUCUAGUCGUGUUCAUAUGUAAAUUGCGCAAGUUUAUUUUGUCCAUUGGAUCGAAAGAUCUAAAAAGUCUCAUACAUUCAUCCACCCGUAGAGAAAUCGGGACAGAAGUGGUUGAAAGUGGACAAAAGAGACAGAUUAAAACACCAGGGGCAAGAUUUACUAAUAGCUUGCUCCAACGCAAACCCCCUUUUGGCGUUAAAAAACUACUGUCAGGAUUUACUAAAGACGCACAGUGAAAAAUUAGCACUGAAAAGGCAUGGACACAUUUAUUUUUGUGGCUUACCUUAUUGCAUAUGCAUUUGUAGGAGUUUCCCUUUUUUAGACCCAAAAUUUAUGGGAGGAGAGUAUUUAAAUGAAUCACGCAAGGUGAUUUACUAAGGUUUGUGCUAGUCAAUUUACUCGCCAUUAUUUACUGCCCAAAAAAAGCAUGUCUUAAACCAGACACUAAUUUGCACUGCUUUUGGUAGACUUAGUUGAUCAUUAUGGAAAUGAUCCGGCUGUGUUCUUUAAUUUGCACAUCGUCAGUAGAUCACGUGCUUUUUUGGAAUUGCGCUCUCACGCUAAUUUGCCCUGUUUAGUAAAUCUGGCCCUAGGUGUAAACAGGAAUGUGUCUCCCUCAUCCACUUGUGAUCCGAUCGACCAAAACGCAUCUUAAUACCAGCUACAAACAGGUACUUCAGAGCGUAUCCCGUCAUUCAUCACAUUCAGGAAUUUGCAGGCCCUGAUUUCGCAUCAUAUCUAAUGAAAACAUUCAAACAAGUGUGAGUUCAAUUAAUUAGAUGUUACAUAUAAAUUUGUUUGUAAAACGUAAAGUGUUGCACAUUUAAUUGGUGCAGAGACUCCAGAGGUUAUAUGUGGUUUGUAAAACGUUUGAAAAUGAAGCACCACAAACACGUAGUCUCCAAUUGAGUAAACAAAUGUCCGGAAUACAUUAAUACUACACACAUUCUUACUAUACAGAACGGUUUUUGUUUUUUUUAGCAGUUGCAAAGUAAUUAGUUCUUAAAAAUAAGUACUUACUCAGAGAGUAUGUGAUUUCGGAUGCAGCCAGUGGUUAGGAAAGCCCUGUCCUGCUGACUGGGAUUAGUCUGCCACCUAGUGUUCAUCACACGCUAACAAAUUUAUGAGUAGCAGUGGGAUUCUUUAGUUAUUUUUGUAGAUUGUGAACGUGGCAUUCAGGUUUAUUGAAUUUGUUAAUAUUUAAGCAGAGAUCUCAGAACAGUAAAUUAUUUUUUCUGCACUAUUCCCAGCUCAAAUUAUGCUGCAUCAUUCCCUGAUACGACUGGAGUUUGAGGAAGUUUCUUCCUACAAUAGUUUACUGUAUUGAGUUGUGUGUUAAUUAUUGACCUGCUGGUCGGUAUUUAUAUCUGUUGUCUUGUACUACUGAGGCUCCGUUUUGUCCUGACUGAACGCUCGACCAACGGACCCAUAAUGCAGCCCUUGAGGUCACCUUAGCAUUCCUGUGGCUCUAAUACAUUUGUGUUUACAUUGUGGGAACAUUAAAUAAAUAUUUAUUUCUAGUUGUUUUGAAAUUAAUGCUUUGUUGGAUUUUCUUUUUUUUUUUUUCUUCUUCUUUUUUUUUUGUAUAGUGUGAACAGAUUCUGGUACAGAGCAAUAGGCCUACAAUGUUAGCAUUUCUGACUGAUCGUGUUUGUAUUUGGGUAAAUCAAACCGCACACCAGCCCUUCUGGUUAUGCUUUGUAGCUGGUUUCAUGAAAAAGAAUAUCAAUAAAAAUCAUAACAGUGCUUCA